ACAUGAACGCUCUCCAGGUGUUCUCUUUGGCUGUGCUGUCUGUCAUGGCGGCUCAGGCUCAGGUCAUCAUGCCCGGCAGAUGCCCCCAGCCCGCCGUGCAGAAGGACUUUGAUGCUGCACGGUAUCUGGGCACUUGGUUCGACAUCCUGAAGAUUCCCCAGAGUUUCCAGAAGGGCGAGUGCAGCACUGCCACCUACACCCUGCAGAGCCCUGGAGUGGUGGGCGUCUUCAACAGAGAGCUGCUGGCUGAUGGAACUAUCAACACCAUCAGUGGAACUGCUACAGCCAAGGACCCCUCUGAGCCCGCCAAACUAUCCGUCACCUUCUUUGAGAACUCUCCUCCUGCUCCCUACUGGGUGCUGGACACUGACUACAGCAGCUACUCCCUGGUCUACAGCUGCACCGACCUGGGCCUUCUCCACGUGGACUUUGCUUGGAUCAUGAGCCGUGAGCCCACCCUCUCCCCCCUCACUGUGGCCCGACUCACCGCCAAACUGGCCUCUAUUGGGGUCAGAGUGGACAAACUGGUCCCAACUGUGCAGGAUGAGGAGUACUGCAGGGCUAUGUAAAUUAUUAUUGUAGCUUGUAGUGUCAGUAUAAACAUUUCACCAGUAUGUUCUUUGAGAUGUGACUUUGG